AGACUUCGUCCCGACGAUCCCGAGCCAGUGGCAGGCAAAACCGAAAAUGCGUCGACAGGCCGUAGCCGUAGUCCUCUUCUCCGGUCUCAUCUGUGUGUUAAGUGAAAUCUGUUACACGAAGAGUUUUGGUGGAUCGUCUGUGGUCUGUGUAUGCAACCCGACGAAUUGUAGUGAUAUCGGUCCAGUGACAGCGGAACAUGGCAGGAUAACAUUUUACGAGAGCUCAAUGACGGGUGAGCGCUUCCAGAGGAGUACGGCGGACUUUCUCGAAGAUGCCCCGAGAGCCGACAUUGAUCUCACGGUGAACGUACUGAGUGGAACACUCCAGGAGAUCAUAGGUUUCGGAGGUGCUUUCACUGAUUCCGCUGGGGUCAAUUGGGCUUCGCUGUCUCCGGAUCUCCAGAAACGGCUGAUAACUUCCUAUUAUAGCCCAGAGGGCUUGGAAUACAACAUUGGACGAGUCCCUAUGGGCGGUUGUGAUUUUUCAACGAGGGACUAUACGUACGACGAUACAGAAGGAGAUUUCGAGCUCAAGAACUUCGCGCUCGCUCAGGAAGAUAUCGAGCUGAAAAUCCCGAUGAUCCAAUUCGCGAAGAGCGUCAGUGAAGAAGAAAUUUAUUUUUAUGGAUCACCGUGGUCCGCGCCCGCUUGGAUGAAGACGAACGGAAAAACUUUCGGUAUGGGAGGUCUCAAGGGGUUCCCGGGCGACCAAUACUAUGAGACGUGGGCAAAGUAUUUCGUCAAGUUCUACGAGGCUUACAGAGACCGCGGAGUCGAGAUGUGGGGCUUCACUAUGCAAAAUGAGCCGACAACAGGCUACAUCCCCUGGAAAUGGCAAACCAUGGCGAUGAGCCCCUACACCGAACGGGACUUCUUGAAGAAAAAUCUCGGUCCCGCACUCUUCAAGGCCACCAACCAUUCCAUCAAAAUCAUGGUUCUUGACGAUAACCGCGUAGUCUUGCCCUGGUGGGCAAACGUCAUAUUCGGCGAUGCUGAGGCGAAUUCGUACGCGGCUGGGGUUGGGGUACAUUGGUACCAGGACAACUUGAGGAGCGCAUCGGCUCUGGAGAGCACGCAUAGGAACCAUCCGGACAAGUUCAUCCUCAACACCGAGGCCUGCGAAGGUUUUCAACCCUUCGCCACUGCUGUGAUCCUGGGGAGUUGGGAGCGAGCGGAGUCGUACGCUCAAAAUAUCAUCGAUGACCUCCGGCACUUCGUGAGCGGCUGGGUCGACUGGAACUUGUUCCUCAAUACCCAGGGGGGCCCGAACUGGGUGAAGAAUUUCGUAGAUUCGCCCAUAAUCGUGGAUGAGAGUGCUCAGGCAUUCUACAAGCAGCCGAUGUAUUACGCACUGGCACACUUCAGCAAAUUUCUCCCAAGAGGAUCAGUCCGAUUAGACGAUACACUCGUCGGCUCCAAGAGGAAGCUAAGUGUUGUGACUUUCCUCCGACCCGAUAAGCUGAAAGCGACAAUCGUAUUAAAUCAGAACGAUUCAGCAAAGAAAGUUCUCAUCAAAGACAGUGACGGGAAAUCUUUUAUGAUCGAGGCGGGUGCAAGGUCCAUUAUAACGACUCUGCGAUAAAACCCGAGGCCCUUUGCGAUGAAGAAUAAAAUUCUCCCAGAAA